AUGUCGGACAGUGUUCCUAUCCAAUCGGAACCUGCAGAACGAACGAAUCCCCAGAAACGAAGAUUUGAUCCUGCGAGCCUCGCCAUUCUGAAACGACUUGAUGAGCUGGAAAUCUUGCUUCAAACGAAAACAAACGAUCCGUCUCCAUUGGCCCUGGGAGACUUUCCCUCAACAUCACCAUCUGGCCCCAGUGGCCAAUUGAGCUCUCCUGGCACCGCUGAAAGGAAUCCAAGGAAGCUACCUUUCAUCACCGUUGAGACGGUUCUAGAAUGGCCCGUCUUUGAUGACUGUGGAUUCCCUCGACACUUCCACCUGCUAAAUUCACUCGAAGAAAAUACACAUACGAGAGGCCCACAUAUAUCGGUCGAUCUUGGUCUUCACGAGACGGACCGUCUCCUUCGGGCGUUUUUUGACCAUGUUCAUAUUUUCAAUCCGACACUAGAAGAAGAGGAGGUCGAAGAAUACGUUAAUACCAUUCGGCUGAAUGGUAUUGGCUGGGACGCUAUAUCUUGCCUCUUGCUUUUGAUUUAUGCCCAUGGCUCAAUUGCAACUCCGUUUGUAAAGAACGGGCCAGGCCUGUCUCCAGAUUUAUUCGGAAGUUCAAAGUCUUUCCUACAAGCCGAAGCUUACUUUAGCGCUGCGCAGAAGCGCAUGGGGCCGUUGCUGUGUACCAGCGGUGUUAUUGAAGCACAAUGCUUCUUCCUGGCUGGUGUCUAUCUAAUGUCAACUUUGCGGCCCGUCGCAGCAUGGAGAAUGUUCGUCCAAGCAUUGGCCUGCUGUCAGGGAUUUUCUGUCCAGCAAAGGAAUGAAUCUUACGAGAGCGAACCGAGUACAAAAGAGAGAAUAUAUUGGACUUGUUUCAAAUCUGAGCUGGAGCUCCGACUGGAGUUGAAUGUUUCCCAAACAGGCAUUUUGGACCUCAGUUAUCCAACUCUUUUCCCUUCACCGCCAGAGCGACUCAAAUCAAAAGAUGAAGCCACAUGGUAUUUUUAUCUCGCUGAGAUUGCCUUACGGAGGCUGAAGAAUCGGAUUCUGGACUCUCUUUACCGACAUGACAUGGCAAGUCCCGAAUUCAAUAUCGAACAUGCCAUCUUUGACUUCGAGGAGCAAACAGACGCAUGGUAA